GUCAUCAACUUCUUCUACUUCACCACCAUCACAUCCAUUGCAACGACGCAUAUCUUCACUACAUGAACGACUUCAGGAAUUAGUACAAGAUGAUUCAACCUGGAACGACACUUUGAAGCAAGAAGAUGAUGGUACAAUUGAUAAUGAAGUGGAAGAGGAAUGGCCAGAAGAGGAUGAAAAUUUGAACCCGACGUCAUCAACGCAUCAACAUAUAAAAGAUACAACACCAAAACAACAACAAAAACGACGAUUACGACGACUUCCGCCAUCAUCUUAUUCAUCAAGGACGGUACCAUCUGCAACAAGUACAUCGUCAUCAAUAUCACCAGCAUCAUCAUCAUUGGCAACAUCGACAACAACACUGGAAACCCCUUCCAUGCGACCGGCGAUGAGCCCACCCACCGCAUUCAGAUUAUAUCAACAACAUCUUUCACCAUUUGAACAACAUGAAAUUCUAAAGUACUCACAAAUUUACUUCGUCGGCCAUCAUACCAAAAACAAAUUCCAGGCGAAAAUGAAUGAACCAAACAACAAUUAUGGUUAUGACGAUGAACGUGGAGAUUAUCUUAUUGUACAAAAGGACCAUUUGGCUUAUCGAUACGAAGUGUUGGAAAUCAUGGGCAAGGGCUCUUUUGGUCAAGUUGUCAAAGCAUUUGAUCAUAAAUUAGGUACAACCGUAGCUGUCAAACUUAUUCGAAACAAGAAACGAUUUCAUGCUCAGGCAUUAGUGGAAGUCAAGACUUUGGAAGAUUUAUUGAAAUGGGAUCCUGAUGACAAGCACAACGAUGUACGAAUGACUGAUCACUUUUAUUUCCGAAAUCAUCUUUGUAUCGCCUUUGAAUGUCUCAGUAUCAAUCUUUAUGAUUUCAUCAAAAGCAACAACUUUCAGGGAUUUAGUAUGGGAUUGAUUCGCCGAUUCACUAUCCAACUAUUGAAUUCACUGGUGAUUCUUUAUCAACAUCAUUUGAUCCAUUGCGACUUGAAACCUGAAAAUAUUUUACUCAAACAUCCGACAAAAAGUACCAUCAAAGUGAUUGACUUUGGAAGUUCUUGUUUAGAAAAUGAGAAAGUAUAUACCUAUAUUCAAAGUCGAUUUUAUCGGGCACCUGAAGUGAUAUUAGGAUUGGACUAUGGCAUGGCUAUUGAUAUGUGGAGUGUAGGAUGUAUCCUGGCUGAACUAUAUACGGGUUAUCCUUUGUUUCCUGGUGAAAAUGAACAAGAUCAAUUGGCGUGUAUUAUGGAAGUUCAAGGUGUACCUUCUCGUUCUUUGGUAGAAAAAAGUACAAGACGUAAAGUAUUUUUUGAUUUUUAUGGUAACCCACGAAUCGUGCCCAAUAGCAAAGGCAAGAAACGAAAACCUGGUACAAAAUCCUUGGCUCAAAUUCUCAAGUGUUCCGAUACAAAGUUUGUUGAUUUUAUAGAUCAAUGCCUCCAAUGGAAUCCUGAUAGUAGGAUCAAACCUGAUGAAGCUUUCAAACAUGGAUGGAUUGCUAGACAACAACAACAACAACAACAACAACAACAACAACAACAACAACAACAACAACAACAACAACAACAACAACAACAAUAG